GGCCUAAUCCCAUCUUGAAAAUGAACAAAUUUUCCAAGAUCAAGAUUUCAAUUUUUGCAACUACUAAAACUGAUUGCCGUUAGCAAAGUCGGUAUAAAUAAAUAAACAAACAAACAAACAAAAUUACAGAAAACGGAACAUCAAACAUUUCCUUCAUUCCCCCGUUUAGAGAGAUGAAUUUGCUCCCAAUCGAGAAUCCGCAGAUCGCGAAGAAGCACCGCUUCAGGUCACUGAAGCUGGUAAACGUGGACUUAGAUCAAGAAUUCGAACACCGACCCUUCGGUGUGGACUACGGCACAUUCAACAAUGGUCUCACUUACUAUGUUCGUUCUAAUCCUAAGCCCCGCCUGAGAGCCGCUCUCGCUCUGGCCGUCAAAGUUGGCUCAAUUUUGGAAGAGGAAAAUGAGCGUGGAGUUGCUCACAUAGUUGAGCAUCUUGCUUUUAGUGCCACCAAAAAAUACACAAAUCAUGAUAUUGUGAAGUUUCUUGAAAGUAUUGGAGCCGAAUUCGGUGCUUGUCAGAAUGCCGUCACUUCUUCUGAUGAGACGGUAUAUGAGUUAUUUGUUCCAAUUGAUAAACCUGAGCUGUUGUCUCAGGCAAUCUCGGUAUUAGCAGAAUUCAGUUCAGAGAUUCGAGCCUCGAAAGAUGAUCUGGAAAAAGAAAGAGGGGCUGUUAUGGAGGAGUAUAGAGGAAACAGAAAUGCUAGUGGAAGGAUGCAAGAAGCGCAUUGGGCUCUAAUGAUGGAAGGUUCCAAGUAUGCUGAGCGUCUACCAAUCGGAUUGGAAAAAAUAAUUCGAACAGUGUCUUCUGAAACAGUGAAGCAGUUUUAUAAAAAAUGGUACCAUCUGCAAAAUAUGGCAGUAAUAGCUGUUGGAGAUUUUCCUGAUACAAAGAGUGUUGUUGAGUUGAUAAGGACUCAUUUUGAGGAGAAAAUCUCUGCAUCUGACCCUCCAAACAUACCAUUAUUUCCAGUUCCUUCUCAUGAGGAGCCACGUUUUUCAUGUUUUGUGGAGUCUGAAGCUGCCGGGUCUGCAGUGAUGAUUAGCUAUAAGAUGCCAGCGGAUGAGCUGAAGACUGUUAAAGACUAUAGGGACAUGCUUGUGGAGUCCAUGUUUCUACAUGCUCUGAAUCAAAGGUUCUUUAAAAUCUCUCGUAGAAAGGAUCCACCAUAUUUCUCAUGCUCUGCUGCCUCUGAUGCUCUUGUUCGCCCCUUAAAAGCUUAUAUUAUGAGCUCGACUUGUAAGGAAAAUGGGACUUUGCAGGCCCUAGAAUCAAUGCUACUUGAGGUUGCAAGGGUGCGACUUCAUGGGUUUUCAGAGCGUGAAGUGUCAGUUGUCCGAGCUUUAUUGAUGUCGGAGAUUGAAUCUGCCUAUUUGGAGCGUGAUCAAAUGCAAUCAGCUAGCUUACGAGAUGAAUAUAUUCAGCACUUUAUCCACAAUGAACCUGUUAUUGGUAUUGAGUAUGAAGCUCUACUCCAAAAAUCUAUUUUGCCGUGUAUAUCUGCAUCAGAGGUGUCCAAAUAUGCAGAUAAAUUACAAACAUUGUGCAACUGUGUCCUGAAGACAAUUGAACCUCAAGCUUCUGCUACAAUUGAUGACCUUAAAAAUGUGGUGUCCAAGAUCGAUAAUCUUGAAAAGCAAGGGAGCAUUACCCCAUGGGAUGAAGACUACAUUCCGGAAGAAAUCAUCAGUAUAAAACCGACUCCAGGGUACGUUGUAGAGCAGAAAGAGUACUCAAAUAUUGGAGCUACUGAAUUAACUCUGUCAAAUGGCAUGCGGGUUUGCUAUAAGUCAUCGGUGCUAAUGGAGAUGCUUGCUGGAAAGAGAGUAGAAGUUGGUACAAAGCUUGGGGCCUAUAUGAGAACCUUCUCCGGUGAUUGUUCACCUUCAGACUUGGAAACUGCCUUGCAGCUUGUCUAUCAACUAUUUACAAUGAAUGUAAUUCCUGGGGAAGAAGAAGUCAAAAUAGUGAUGCAAAUGACAGAAGAAGCUGUCCGUGCUCAAGAGAGGGAUCCUUACACUGCAUUUGCAAAUCGGGUGAAAGAGCUCAACUAUGGGAACUCUUACUUUUUCCGGCCUAUUAGAAUAAGUGACCUUAGGAAAGUUGAUCCAGUAAAAGCAUGUGAAUACUUCAACAGCUGUUUUAAGGACCCAUCGACGUUUACAGUUGUGAUAACUGGGAAUAUUGAUCCCUCAAUUGCAGUUCCUCUUAUUUUGCAAUAUUUGGGUGGAAUACCAAAGUCUCCUGAAGCCAUAUUCCAUUACAACCGUGAUGAUCUCAAAGGAUUACCAUUUAAAUUUCCCACAACCAUAAUUAGAGAGGUGGUACGCAGCCCCAUGGUAGAAGCACAAUGUUCAGUCCAGCUAUGCUUUCCUGUGGUGUUGAAGAAUGGAACAAUGGUAGAAGAGAUUCACUGUGUCGGUUUCUUGAGCAAACUUAUUGAAACAAAAAUCUUGCAGGUUCUUCGUUUUAAGUAUGGGCAGAUCUACUCUGCAUGUGUUUCUGUGUUCCUUGGCGGCAAUAAGCCUUCUAGAACUGGUGAUGUUCGUGGAGAUAUGAGUAUUAAUUUUUCUUGUGAUCCAGAAAUCUCCUCGAAGUUGGUUGAUCUUGCUUUGGAGGAAGUAGUACACCUUCAAGAAGAAGGGCCUGCAUAUCAGGAUGUUGCAACUGUACUUGAAAUUGAACAGAGAGCCCAUGAAAACGGACUGCAGGAAAAUUAUUACUGGCUGGAGAGAAUUUUGAGAAGCUACCAAUCAAGGGUCUACUCUGGUGAUGUUGGCACUUCCUUCAAGGUUCAAGAUGAAGGAAGAUCCAGGAUUAGAGAAUCUCUGACACCUUCAACUGCCCAGUCAGCACUGCAAAGGAUAUUGCCUUACCCUUGCAAAAACCAGUACACUAUUGUGAUUCUUAUGCCAGAAGAUUCUCGAUUUAAGUUUCUGAGAUCACUUUUCCAGCGAAAUGAUUAUGGUAGAGAUGCAAAGACUUUAGCAGCCAUUGCUGGUAUAACAGUUCUGGCAGUCUGCUUGUGGAGAUAUUCACGGAAGUCGUAACGCACCUGUAUGUAUAAAACAGUUGAUUGCUUUCUGACCAUGGAACUUGAAGCAAUAACUUAGAGGAUCAUUGUUGAUCGACGCCCAGAUUUUACCUGCUUCCCCCCCCCCCCAUUUUGUAACGUUUUCAUGGUAGAGAAUGAUAUGCCUAUUCAUAACUAAUUUGAUAGACACAUCCAAACAUGGCUGUUACUACUGCAGUUGGCUUGACUCUGGGCAGUCUCGAGCGUCCUUUAUUGUUGCCUAUUCAAUGAAAUGUUUUGUAAUUUUGUACUAGAAAAUUUAUGGUUACUUCAGUAGCCACCA